AUGAGCAGCAUUGACCCGAGACAGCCUAAAUGGACUCCUAAUGAAGCUAGGAGACCACAAGAUGCUUCAGAUACCUCUGAAGAGUCUGAAGAAGAAUAUUUUAGACGAGCAGCUCCUUAUGAAGUAAAAUUAAGACUAGGCCAAAUAGAAUACGGACAAGACAUCGCCUACUAUAAUGAUAAUCAAGCAGCCUUAACCGAGCUUACUUACCUCCAGCAAAGACAGAUGAAUACCGAUCACUCAUUGUAUCGCAAAGACAAAAAAGGUCGAGUCAUCAAAAACAUUGACAAAGACAAGCUUGAAAAACGAACAGAAAAAAAAAUCGAGCGGUUUAAUCGCAAAAAGCUAGAGAAAAAACAGCUAAAAGAGCUUCAGAAAAAAUUAGAAAGCCAAGUUUACUUAGAAGACACUCAAAUUGAAUCUUCUGAUGAACUGCAGAAACUUGGACUUCCUACACAUUUUGGGAAAGGAAUAAGCAAUAAUUAUGUGGAAGAUAAAGAAAUCAAUAAUUUGUUUCAAAGAGAAGAUAAAACAGAAGCAAAUGAAGAAGAAAUGAAUUCGGAUGGAACCAAUGAAAGCGAUUAUAUGGACGUAGAUGAUACAAAAGUCAUUGAAAACUUGCCAGUGACACACGAAAUUGUAAUUGAAGGGCAUAGUCGAGCAAUAAGUGAUUUUGAUAUAAAUCAUGCCCAUUCAAGAUUUGCAAGUGGGUCUUUGGAUUAUUCGGUGAAGUUUUGGGAUUUUACAACGAUGACUGAAUCAUUGGAGUACUUCAGGAGCUUUGAGCCAAUUGAAAGCCACCCUGUUGUGAAUGUAAAAUACAGUUUGAACGAUAAGCAUGUCUUAAUAUGUGCUGGAGGAGUGCAGCCGAAAGUAUUUAGUCCUGAAGGAAGAGUUCAUUAUGAAUGUGUUAGAGGAGAUAUGUACAUGACAGAUAUGGCAAAUACCCAUGGACAUACAAGUAUGGUGACUCAAUGUCAGUGGCAUCCACAUAUUGAAAAAUAUUUCUUAUCAAGCUCGCUUGACGGGACUGUAAGAGUUUGGGAUCUCGCAGGAAGAUUGGUUGGAUUAGAUAGACAAUUAGGGCACAAAACCUUACAUAAAGCUCGGUCUCAAAAAUACACCAAAAUCGGUGUAAAUUCUUGCACAUGGAACAUUGAUGGAAACUUGUGUAUUGGAGGUUGCACUGAUGGCUCUUUACAGCUAUGGGAAACUGAUAAAGGCAACUCAGUCCAGCCAAAACUUACCAACUUCAACGCCCACAAAGCCGAAGGCGAAAUCACUUGCAUAAAAUUUUUUAAAGACUCCAAAAAAUUCUUAUCUAGAUCUCAGGACCACACCAUGAAGCUAUGGGAUAUCCGAAAAUUCGACACUCCAAUAUAUACAUGGGACAAUCUCUAUAAUCAAAACUACAAAAUUCAAGUGGACUUAUCCCCAGACGAAAAAUUUAUCAUCACUGGUACAUCUUCCCUCAAAAAAGAAUCAAGAGGUGCAUUAAAACUCUUCAGUACAGAAGACGAGUAUAAACAGAUCGGACAAAUUAAAUAUGACAGUGCUAUAAUUGCUGUUAAAUGGGACCCUACUUUUAAUCAAAUUUUCCUUGGGUGUUCUGAUAGUAAAAUUCGUGUACUUUAUAAGCCUGAUAUGAGUUAUGGAGGUGUCCUUGAUUCCAUAAAAAGAAAAGCCAAAACUUAUGAGAGUUCUGACAUGUUUUUGGAAAAACCGAUCAUCACUCCUUAUAGUUUGUCUCAAUUUAAGUUGACAUUUUUAAAUAAAGACAAAGAAAGGACAAGGAUUAGAGAUGACCCUGCUGCUUCUCAUAAGCCAAAAGAGCCACUGUUUAACCCUGAUAAGCAAGGGAAAAUGUCAGGGAUCAAUACAGUCACACAAUAUAUUUUGAGAAGCAUUAAUGAAGAACCAAGACCUGAAGAUGAUUCCAGAGAACAGGUAAUAAGCUAUGAUCCUGAAGCUAAAAAGAAUCCAGAAUGAGUCACUCCUGCUUACCUGAAAACUCAGCCAAAACCAUUGUUUGAUUAUACUGGAGAACAGUUAGAAGAGCUUGAUUACUUGGCGAGAAAUCCAGCACCCAAAUGCUUAUCGUGUGGAAAGAAGUUUUGUGGAUGCGCAAAGAGAAGGACAGGCGAUAACCCUGUAUUUAGCGUUGAUAAGUAG